AUGGUCGCGCCCAUGGACCCGCCCCUGUCGGCACCAGACGGCACCGCUGCCUACCUCGAGGCCGUCCAGGCCCGCCAAGCCCGGUUCCGCCCCUCUCGCGCCGCCCUGUCGCCCUCGGCCCGCUACUCGUUCGAGCCCGCGUUCAACAUCCCGCUCGCCCAGGUCCACGCCCACGCCUUUGCCGCACCGCCGUGCUCGUCCCACCUCUACACCGGCGGCUCGGACGGCUUUGUCCGCCGCUACGCCCUCCACUCGACCUUGAACGGCACCCCGGCCGCACCCAACCUCACGUCCAAGCCCGGCGGCCACGAGCGCCCGCCCGGCACCGACCUGCGCCAGCCCGUCCUGUGCGGCUACUGGGAGAACGAGGAGCCGGGCGACUGGGCCGACGACCUCGCUCCACCCGCUCCCGCAUCCUCGUCCUCGCCGUCGUCGGCCGCGCUCGAGCCCGUCCAGGCCGCCCACGCCCAGGCCAAGCUCCGGUGGGGCCCCAAGAGCGCCGCCCUCGGUCCGCAGAGCGCCGUCUACAGCCUCGCCGUGCAGCGCGACGAGCUGUGGGGCCUGAGCGGCACGGCGCGCGGCAGCAUCAACCUGUGGACCGUCCGCCACGACGAGGGCCAGAUCCGCCACGUCUUUCGCCCCGACGCCGGCGGCUCAUCGUCGCCGUCGGGUCACUCGCCAAAGGCCGCCGUGUCGGUCCUGAGCCUCGACAGCGCCGAGACGACCUUUCUCAGCGGCGCCUGGGACGGCCGCAUCCUCCACUGGGACCUCGACACGGGCACCUCGACGCGCGCCUUCCUCGGCCACGCUGCCCAGGUGAGCUCGCUCGCGCGCCGCCCGACGCACGCGCCCGUCCCGCUCGACCUCGGUCGGCGUGCGCGAGCGAGCGACGGCGACGACGUCGACAUGGGCGAGGGCGACGAGGACGAGCGGCGCGAGGACGCGCCCGGACGCGUCAGGGCGGACGAGGAGGCGGCGGCGGCGGCAGCGGCGGCGGUCGACGACGGCGGUGAGGGCACAGGUGCGAGAGGUGGAGCGGGCACGAGGAGCCGGCGGGCGUCGACGAGGGCGGCGGCGGCGGCCAAGAAGGACGACGCGGCCGCGGCGGCACCACCACCGUCUGCGGCCGUCGCCGAGGACGACGCCGACGCCGAUGCAGACGCCGAUGCCGACGGCGAGAUCGACGACUCGGUCCUCACCAACACGUCGCCGCGUGCUGCGCUCCCCUCGCUCGUGCCGGACUACGCCAAGCCCGACCGGAUCCCGCUCGUCGGGUCCUCGUCCUCGUCCUCGGACGGCGUCGACGGCGACAUGGGCGGCGCGACGAGCGACGACGUGUUUGUCAGCACGGGUCUCGACGGCACGGUGCUGCUGUGGGACCGCAGGGUCGCCGAGGGCGAGGGCGUCGUGCGGCGGUGGGACGGGUACGAGGCGCCGGCGGGCGAGAGGGGCAAGAUGGAGGGCGCGAGCGGCGGCAGGUGUACCUCGGCCUGCUGGUCGCCGUCGGGCUCGCACCUGUACGUCGCCCGCCGCGCGCCGUCGAUCCAGGUGUACGACCUGCGCCAGUCGGCUCCGCUCUCGACCCUCGCGCUCCCGCCGUCGACGGGCCCCGUGAGCGCCGUCGCGGCGCUCCCGAACGGGCAGCACGUCGUGAGCGCGAGCUGGGACUGCGUGCGGCUGUGGGACGUCGAGCGCGCCAUGCGCGCUGCGGCGGCGGGCGGCGCGGACGGCGCGGCCAUGCCCAAGGGGGCGACGGUCGUUCCGGCGGGGCACUACGGCGGGACCGUGAGCGCCAUGCACAUCGAUCCUGCAUGCCGGUGGAUGUUCACGACGUCGGGGAACCGAGGGUGGGACGGCACGUCGACCGAGAGCUUGAGCAUCAGCGAGAUCCGCGUGCAGCUGUAGACUCAGAUCUCUCGUCGAGGCGCAGCGUGCCCCUUUGCAGUGCAGCUCUCUCGAGUGGU